AUGAGCCAAAUGUAUGACGACCAGUACUAUGCGGCUUCGCGACGCCGUUCCGUUGCCACACCUCCCCCAUCCCACACCCCCCAGCACAGUCGAACCCGCAGCCACAGUGUGCGAGUGAGCAACGGCACCGCCAGUACCAACACCAGUUUUUCCAGCGGACGCAUGUCUGAGGCAACCAAUAUUACCCAGCCGCCCUCCUACUCAAAAAAGUUUGUUGUGGUUGGAGAUGGCGGCUGUGGCAAGACUUGUUUGUUGAUUAGCUAUUCCCAAGGUUACUUUCCCGAGAAAUAUGUCCCCACAGUAUUCGAGAACUACAUUACUCAGACGGUACACCGAAGCUCGGGGAAGACAGUUGAAUUGGCACUCUGGGAUACAGCUGGACAGGAAGAAUAUGAUCGUUUGCGUCCUCUGUCCUACCCUGAGACGGAUCUUCUGUUUGUCUGCUUCGCCAUUGACUGCCCUGCGUCCUUAGAGAAUGUCAUGGAUAAGUGGUAUCCUGAGGUCCUGCAUUUUUGCCCCACAACCCCCAUUAUCCUGGUUGGUCUGAAGUCAGAUCUCCGCAAUAAGCGCACAUGCAUCGAACUUCUAAAGACACAAGGCCUCACACCCAUUACUCCGGAACAAGGUCAGGCUGUCGCUUACCGAAUGGGAGCCAGCUAUGUCGAGUGCAGCAGUAAGGAGAUGCGUGGAGUGGAUGAUGUGUUCGCCCAUGCAGUCGACACUGUUGUGACAACCGAGGAUGAAGGCUGGAAGACUUCAAAGCAAUCGAAUAGCCGUGCCGGUGCCAAGCCCUCUGGUCCUAGUGGCCCUGGCAAGAAAAUUAAGAAGCGGAGUUGCAAGAUCCUGUAA